UGCAGGCCGGGUGGCGGCAGCGGCCAUGGCCAGGGCGCUCGAAGGUCUGGCCUCGGGCUCGCAGGUCCCCCGGGUCGUCGCCAGCCCGGACUCGGACUCGGACACUGACUCGGAGGACCCGAGUCCCCGGCGCAGCGCGGGCGGUCUGCUCCGAUCGCAGGUCAUCCACAGCGGACACUUCAUGGUGUCGUCGCCGCACAGCGAUUCGCUGGCCCGGCGGCGCGACCAGGAGGGGCCCGCGGGGAUCGCCGACUUCGGGCCGCGCAGCAUCGACCCCACCCUCACCCGCCUCUUCGAGUGCAUGAGCCUGGCCUACAGUGGCAAGCUGGUCUCCCCCAAGUGGAAGAACUUCAAAGGCCUCAAGUUGCUGUGCAGGGAAAAGAUCCGCCUGAACAACGCCAUCUGGAGAGCCUGGUACAUCCAGUAUGUGGAGCGGAGGAGGAGCCCCGUGUGUGGCUUCGUGACUCCUCUGCAGGGGCCUGAGGCUGAUGAGCAUCGGAAACCCGAGGCCGUCGUCCUGGAAGGGAAUUACUGGAAGCGCCGCAUCGAGGUGGUGAUGCGCGAGUACCACAAGUGGCGCAUCUACUACAAGAAGCGGCUCCGUAAGUCCAGCAGGGAAGGGGAUCUCCUGGCCCCUAAACAGGCGGAAGCGGGGUGGCCCCCUCCAGAGCGAUGGUGCGAGCAGAUCUUCUCCAGCGUGGUGCCCGUGCUGCUGGGGGGCCCGGAGGAGGAGCCCGGUGGGCGGCAACUGCUGGAUCUCGACUGUUUCUUGUCCGACAUCUCUGACACGCUCUUCACCAUGACCCAGCCCAGCCCCUCAUCCCUGCAGCUGCCUCCUGAGGAUGCCUAUGUUGGCAAUGCUGACAUGAUCCAGCCAGACCUGACGCCCCUGCAGCCUAGCCUUGAUGACUUCAUGGACAGCUCAGAUUUCUUCAGCAACUAUCGUCCCCCCCAGACGCCCGUAUCUUCCAACUUCCCAGAGCCCCCCAGCUUCGGCCCCAUGGCUGACUCUCUCUUCAGCAGUGAGAUCCUGGGCCCAGAGGUGGCACCAGCAUCCUCCUCAGCCAUAAUUCCGCUCUCUGGACAGAAUCGCCUGCAGGCUCGGAGCAGCUGCCUUGUCCCUGUGGACCCCGGUGCCUUUCUGAACUCUGAUUUCCUCCUUCCUGAAGACUCCAAGCCCAAGCUCCCACCUCCUCCCCCACCUCCCACUCCUGUCCUGCCAUACCCUAGCCCUGCCAAAAGACCCCUGGAGCCCUGCACCCCACCCUCCUUCCCUGCCAUGGCUCCACCGCCAGCUAUGGUACCAGAAGAGACUGUCUUCUCUAGCAGGUUCCCCUUCCCCACAGGCCCUCCUGUCCUGGGAGUGUCCCCUGUGCCUGCUCCCCCGGCCUUCCUCCCCACCCCACAGCCUGGCCCCCGCCCCACCUCUGCCUCUUUCCCCAUAGACCAUCUCUCCUCGGGGUACCCAGAGUCUGCCUUUGGGUCUCCCCUCUCAGUGUCCCAGAGCAUGCAUAUCAGAGGCAAGCCCCCUGUCCCAUCCCCUAGGGGACAGAGAGCCAGCCCCCCCACCAUGACCUCUGCCACCACCAGCCCCAGUAACCCCUGCCUCACACAGCUGCUCAGGGCAGCCAAGCCUGAGCAGGCCCUGGAGCCACCACUCCUGCCCGCACCCCUUGGCGUAUCCCCGGGAUCACCGGAGACCAUCCCUGAAUUCCCUCAUGCCUUCUUUUCCCCAACGCUGGCCCCUGUACCACCCAGGCCGCCACCUAGCUCAGCCACGCUGGCCCCUCCCAGGUCCCUGGUUGUCCCCAAAGCAGAGCGACUGUCACCCCCAGCUCCCAGUGGCCGUGAGCGGCGGCUGUCGGAGGAGAACUCUGUCCCUGCACCUGGGCCACCAAGGGGCCGUGUCUCUCCCCCUCUACCCAUCCCAAGCCGGGGCCGUCAAGACAACAAUAAAACGGAGAGCCGAAGGAUCACGCAUAUCUCGGCCGAACAGAAACGGCGUUUCAAUAUCAAACUCGGCUUCGACACUCUGCAUGGGCUCGUGAGCACCCUCAGUGCCCAGCCCAGCCUCAAGGUGAGCAAGGCUACCACGCUACAGAAAACUGCAGAGUACAUCACCAUCCUGCAGCAGGAGCGGGCCUCCAUGCAGGAGGAGGCCCAGCAGCUCCGGGACGAGAUCGAGGAGCUCAAUGCCGCCAUCAACUUGUGUCAGCAGCAGCUGCCAGCCACGGGGGUGCCCAUCACACACCAGCGCUUUGACCACAUGCGACACAUGUUUGAUGACUACGUCCGGACCCGCACACUGCACAACUGGAAGUUCUGGGUGUUCAGCAUUCUCAUCCGACCGCUGUUUGAGUCCUUCAAUGGGAUGGUGUCCACUUCAAGCCUUCACAGCCUCCGCCAGACUUCGCUGGCCUGGCUGGACCAGUGCUGUUCCUUGCCAGCUCUCCGGCCAACUGUGCUGAACUCCCUCCGCCAGCUAAGCGUGUGCACCAGCAUCCUGACCGAUCCCAGCCGCAUGCCUGAGCAAGCCACAAGGGCUGUCACUGAGGGCACCUGGGGCAGACCACCACUAUAGUAUCAGCUAACCCUGCCUAGCUCCAGCAACAACUCCCAGGCCCUCCACUCCUGUCCCAGGCCCCUUUGCUGUAGUUCCAAGAGCUGCAUUCCUGUCCCUGGGAUACCAAUGAAACUUGGGGUGACUGACACUCUACCCCAUCUUUGGAAAUCCAUUUUUCACUUGGCAAAAUGGUGCUAAAGGAGGCUCACCCGACAUAGAGCUCUAAGGCCUUAGCUACUGUGACUGUAGGAACUUAAGCAGGCCAUCCAGAGAGUGUUGUUCUUACCUGGGGCCCUGAGCAGGGAGCAGGAAGGAGCCUUCUUUGCUCCUACACAGGUGACAUGGGGGCUGAAGGGUGGCUUCCUCUGAGCCGAGCAAGAGCGGUCUCAUAUUUGGUAAGACCAGAGCAGGGGCGGCUAGAGCGGUCAGGCAUCUUGUGUGUGUAUGGGUGUGUGUAUGUGUGGAUUUUGUACAGAUUUCUUGAACCAUAAAAGCAAAAACUAUG